AUGUCAACAUUCACAAUCUCCAACUUAAACCUCAACGUGAAUAGCAUCCCAGACCUAAGCCAGAAUGAUCUAGUCUCAUUCCCAGCCUUCAAAGUCUGGAUAACCACCCUACAGCAAUCCCUUGCGCGACAAGAACACCCCUCACACGAGUUCCACAGUGACCCAUAUGUGCUGCGCAAAAUUGACAUCCAAGCCGUCGACCGCUUCGGUGGCAGACGACUAGGCUUCAUCAAAUUGAAAGCGGAGCUCAUUCUCCAGCCGGAUGAUAUAUCCUCUCCGACUGAAAAUGACAAGCGUGCUAUCCUAACGAUCCAGCCCCGAAUCCCAGCAGGCUCGCUGUCGUUCCCGGAGAUCCCGGCUGGGAUGCUCGAUGACAGUGGGACGUUUGCUGGCGGGGCGGCAAAAGAGAUCCAAGAGGAGACCGGGUUACGGGUUGAGCAGGGAGAUUUGAUUGAUAUGACAUCGCUAGCGCUGCAAGCUGCGCAAGAACCUAGCUACGGGGAGCACCUACAGAGUGCUAUUUAUCCGUCCCCUGGCGGGAGUGAUGAGUUUAUCCCAUUGUUUCUGUGCCAGAAGUAUAUGCCACAAAAGGAAAUUGAGGCAUUACAGGGGAAGUUGACAGGAUUGCGGGAGCAUGGGGAGAAGAUUACGCUUAAGGUUGUUCCUUUGGCGGAUUUGUGGAAGGAGGGGCUUAGGGAUGGGAAAACUUUGGCUGCUUGGGCAUUGUAUCAGGGGUUGAAGCAGGAGGGAUUACUUUGA